GGUAAAAAUGGAGGAGAAGUUGAUUCAGAGAUUGGAAUCGGCGGUUUCUCGCCUGGAAACGCUUUCUACUGGAUUUCGUCAGGCGAGUUCAUCUGAUGUUGCUGCAGAUGCUCCGAUCGACGCGACAAUUAUCGCUUACGAUGACAUGACAGCACAGUACCUCUCUAGGGUUUCUACUGCUGCGGAGAAGAUUGGGGGACAAGUUCUGGAUGUGACCAAGGUUCUCGAGGAGGCAUUCUCUACUCAGAAGGAGCUUCUCAUUAAGGUCAAGCAAACUCAGAAGCCCGACAUUGCAGGUCUUGCAGAAUUUCUCAAACCAUUGAAUGAAGUGAUAACUAAAGCUAAUACAUUGACUGAGGGAAGGCGAUCCGAUUUUUUCAAUCACUUAAAGACUGUUGCUGACAGCCUGACAGCUUUAGCUUGGAUUGCCUACACAGGCAAAGAUUGUGGUAUGAGCCUUCCUAUUGCGCAUGUGGAAGAAAGUUGGCAGAUGGCUGAAUUCUAUAACAACAAGGUUCUUGUUGGGUACAAAACGAAAGACCCAAAUCACGUUGAAUGGGCAAAAGCUCUGAAGGAGCUAUAUCUACCUGGUUUGAGGGAUUAUGUUAAGAGUUUCUACCCUUUGGGUCCAGUAUGGAAUUCUACUGGAAAAACAGCCGUUUCUGCUCCUGUUUCAACAAAAGCUUCACCAAGUGCCCCUGCCCCUCCACCUCCUCCACCGGCUUCUCUUUUCAGUUCUGAAUCUUCUAAUGCAUCAUCAUCACGCCCAAAGCAAGGGAUGGCUGCUGUAUUUCAAGAAAUCAACUCAGGGAAACCUGUGACAUCAGGUUUGAAAAAGGUUUCAGAUGAUAUGAAGACAAAGAACCGUGCAGAUAGAACUGGUAUUAUUAGCAGCAGUGAUAAAGCCGCUCGCUCUAGUUCCCCUUCCUUCUCUAAAGCAGGACCCCCAAAAUUGGAGCUUCAAAUGGGUCGCAAAUGGGUAGUUGAGAAUCAAAUUGGAAGGAAGAACUUGAUUAUUGAUGAUUGUGAUGCAAAACAGUCUGUAUAUGUUUUUGGGUGCAAAGAUUCUGUUUUGCAAGUCCAAGGAAAAGUGAACAAUAUAACUGUUGACAAAUGCACCAAGACAGGAAUUGUGUUCCAGGAUGUUGUAGCAGCUUGUGAGGUUGUGAAUUGCAAUGGUGUUGAGGUGCAAUGUCAGGGUUCCACGCCAUCAAUUUCAGUGGAUAACACCACAGGCUGUCAAUUAUAUCUCAGCAAAGAUUCGUUGGAGGCAUCUAUAACAACAGCCAAGUCAAGUGAAAUCAAUGUAUUAGUGCCUGGUGCUGGUUCUGAUGAUGAUUGGGUGGAGCAUGCAUUGCCACAGCAGUAUGUUCAUGUGUUUAAGGAUGGACAUUUUGUAACAACUCCAGUCUCUCACUCUGGUGGGUAAUUUAGAAGCAUUGCUGGGUUCCCACCUUUUUUCAGUAUUUUAUUUGCAUGGAAGGUAGGAAGUGGCUUUCAGCUUUGGGUUCUGUGAUUCAUUUGAGUUCAGUAUCUAUGUAUGGUUUGUAUCUGUAAUCUGUUGGUUAAUGUUCUCAUUAUUCUUUUGACAUACAUACUGUUGUAACAUUUAUUACUUGUAUCCUUCAUGUCCUUGGCAGUGUU